GCAUUUUGGUGCCAAUUCGAAAAGUGUUUCGAACACGCAUUCUAGUUCCCUCUUGUACCUAGCGCAACUGUUGCACCAAGUUAUAUUGAAAGUGCAUUAAAAGUGAAGUUAAAAGUGUGCCACAGUUGAAAUCUUACAAAUUUGUUUUGACAGCUUAAAGCCUGCUCACUUCUAUCUGAAAAAUGUGCUGCCAGAAAUUUAGUUGGACUAUAUUUGUGUUUUUGGUUCUCUUUACGCUUGUGACAGGCUCCUGUUUGGAAUUUGGACACUCGUGCUGGGGCGCUCAUGGCAAGCGGUCGGGCAACAGGGCAACAGUUGCAGCUAAACAGCCAACACCUCAAGUCGAUAACCUAGCUGAGCAGCUCUUCAACAACAACAACAAUGUGAACUCUAUUUAUGACGAUGGCAACAACAACAAUAACAACAUGAAGAACUACAACUUGCCUCAAGCUGCGCCUGCUUUGGCGUCGUCGGCGAGCGAUUCGUCAGCAGCAGAACGCAAUCGAGAUGUGAAUGAGGCGAAAUGGAGGCAGCUGCUGCGACAGCAUCGCUAUCAGCUGCGUCAAAUGCAACGGCAGUUCGAUGCAAGCGAUGCAGCCGAAAGCUGGCGCCAGCUGCAGCAAGCAUUGGCCGAGGCGGAGCAGCAGCAACAACAGCAGCUGCCAAUUGGCGACUUUUAUGAACUUACAAAGUGAACGUUGACCGAACAAUGAGAAAUAUAUGUAUACGAAACACAUACAGAAACACACAGAUACACACACACACACACCGACACAUAUAUACACGCAUAAACAAAAUGAGCUGAAGUUAAGCAACAACAAUUAAACGAUAUUUAUUCCAUCAGACAAGUGAUCUUUGCAUGCUGUGCCCCAAUUAAAAAAUUUAAAAAAAUUAAACCAAAAAAAAAAUUGUAAUUCUGCACGCGAAAUGCGCAUA